AGAUCUAUUGAAGUGAAGAUGGGCGAUCUUGUCUUGGGUCCUGUUGUUGAUGCCACCAUAUCCAAGGUGAUUUCAGCUGCUACUCAGCAAAUCAACCUUGCAGUCAGUUGGAAAGCAGAGCUCAGAAGACUUCGCGACAAGUUGACCAUGAUCCGUGCUAUGUUGCAAGAUGCAGACAGAAAGCAAGUUGGAGGCUCAGCUGUUAGGCUUUGGCUUAAGAAGCUCAGAGACGUGGCUUGUGAUGCUGAGGAUGUUUUGGACGAGGUUGUUUAUGAAAGACUGAAACAGGAGGUACGGAUUCAAAGGCAAAUGAAGAAGAAGGUCUGUCUCUUCUUUACUUUCUCCAGUCCUUUCAUAUUUCGUCUCAAGAUGGCUAAUAAGAUCAAGAAUCUUAUUGCUUCUAUAGUGGAGAUUAAUGAGGGCGCUACUGAAUUUGGACUUCAGUCCAUAUAUGCUACCCAUGAAUCUAGAUGCAACCCUCAAACAGCAUACUCUUCUCUUGGUUAUUGUCCUAGAGUCAUAGGAAGAGAGGAUGAUGUGUCAAAAAUAGUUGACUUGUUGAUUGAUCCAAAUAAUGAGGAGUCCCUUUCUGUUGUAUCUGUAGUGGGUAUGGGGGGUCUAGGAAAAACCACCUUAGCAAAAUCAGUGCAAAAUCAUGAGAAAAUAGUGAGGAAUUUUGGUAGAACAAUGUUCAUUUGUGUGUCUGAAGACUUUGAUGUCAAAAAAAUCCUAAAAGAGAUGUUUGAGUCUCUUACCAAAGAGGGUUGUUCAAUUGAAAACCAGGCUACCAUAGUGGGAAAAAUACAAGAUGAGUUAAAAAAUGAAAACUAUCUACUCAUCUUAGAUGAUGUGUGGAAUGAGGAUCCAUUGAAGUGGGAAGCCUUAAGGGGUUGUUUGUUAGAAAUAAAUAAAAAUAAGGUGAGUAGAAUGGUUGUGACAACUCGAAGUGAAAAUGUAGCAUCUAUAAUGGGAGCACUUGGAGAACACAUGUAUCAUCUUGAAGGACUAGAAGAUGAAGAGUGUUGGUCUAUAAUAAAGCAGAGAGCAUUCGGAGGUUCUUCAGUGCCUAAUCUGGAGUUGGAAGUGAUUGGAAGGCAGAUCGCUAAAAAAUGUAAAGUUAACGAUAGUUUUGAUGCAAGGAGUUCAAUGAAAGAUGAUAGAAGGACAUGGAUUGUUCGAGUUUUACAGUUGAGUUUUGAUCGCUUACCUAACACAACAUUGAAGCAAUGUUUUGCCUUUUGCUCCAUUUUCCCCAAGGAUUGGAAAAUUGAAAAGGAGAUGUUAAUUCAAUUUUGGAUGGCUGAAGGCUUUCUUCAACCAUCAGAAGGCAGCAGUUCUAUGGAGGAUAUUGGUAACAAGUAUUUCAAUGACUUGUUAUCAUAUUCUUUGUUUCUAGAGGAAGACAAAGAUUCAACUGGCAAGAUUAAGUCAUGCAAAAUGCAUGAUUUAAUUCACGAUCUUGCCAUUUUCAAUUCAAAAUCUGAAACACUUAUUUUUAAAGCUGCUUCAGAGAGUAAUAUUGCUCAUGUUCGGCAUUUGAAUCUCGUUGAUGCUGAGGAAAUGGUGCCAACAAAUUUUGUGGAGGUGGCUGGAAAACUACAUUCCUUAUUUCUUAAAGGUGAUAUCCUGUGCAAGAUGCCAAAUAGCUUCAAAAGGUUACGCAUUCUUAGCUUUCGUGGAGCUAAUAUUGAGCAGCUGCCAACUUGGAUUGGCAAGAUGAAGCAUUUGAGGUAUCUAGACAUUUCAUUCACCGACAUUAAAGAACUACCCCAGUUUAUCAUGGAGUUGUAUAGUUUGCAGACACUGAGGUUCAUGUAUUGUUAUCAGAUUGUAGAACAGCCAAAAGGGGUGGAAAACUUAGUCAGCUUGAGACACAUUUAUUUCAAUAGAGACAGCUGUAUGCCACUCAGAAUUGGUAGGCUAAAGGAUCUUCAAACGUUGCAGUUAUUUGUUGUCGGUCUACAAGAGGGAAGUCGAAUUGAGGAAUUGGGAUGCUUGAGCCAACUUGGAGGUGAAUUAAGGAUACGUCAUCUAGAGCAUGUUGAAAACUACUCAGAAGCCGAGAAAGCAAAACUUUCGGAAAAGAUUGAACUUCAUAAGUUGAGUUUGGAAUGGGCAGAUAGAAAUACAGAAGAAUGUGAUCAUGAUGAAGAUGUGUUAGCAGGCCUCAAACCUCCCCUAAAUUUGAGAAACUUAACUAUAGAAUGUUAUGGAGGUGAAAAAUGUCCAUCAUGGAUGGAGCCUAGUUUGAGUGAAUCAUUUUCGCUCACCAAUUUGGUGGACUUGAAAAUCUUAAAAUGUAAAAAGUUGAAAAGCAUGCCAAUCAUGAUCGGGUUAUCAUCUCUUCAACAGCUUCGAAUUCAGGGUUGCCUUGAAUUAACCAGAAUCGAAGAUGGAGUAUUUGCCUUUCCGAAGUCCCUCAAACGACUAGACAUUUGGUCAUGUCCAAGAUUGGAAACAAUUGGGGAUAGUAUUUCGACCCUCACAUGCCUAGAAGAGUUAGAUCUAGAUGGAUGUAGAGAUCUGAGGCUCCUUCCAAUCAUGGGCGGGUUAUCAUCUCUUCAACAGCUUCGAAUUCAGGGUUGCCUUGAAUUAACCAGAAUCGGAGAUGGAGUAUUUGCCUUUCCGAAGUCCCUCAAACGACUAGACAUUUGGUCAUGUCCAAGAUUGGAAACAAUUGGGGAUAGUAUUUCGACCCUCACAUGCCUAGAAGAGUUAGAUCUAGAAGGAUGUAGAGAUCUGAGGCUCAUUCCAAUCAUGAGCGGGUUAUCAUCUCUUCAACAGCUUCGAAUUCAAAACUGCCUUGAAUUAACCAGAAUCGGAGAUGGAGCAUUUGCCUUUCCGGCGUCUCUCAGAGAACUACACAUUUGGUCAUGUCCAAGAUUGGAAACAAUUGGGCAAAGUAUUUCGACCCUCACAUGCCUAGAAGAGUUAGAUCUAUAUGGAUUUGAAGAUCUGAUGCCCAUUCCAAGUGUAAAUGGGCUUUCCUCUCUAAGAAAGUUACGGAUUGCCUACUGCAGUUCAGUGGUGAGUAUACCAAAUGGACUGUCCUCCUGCACUGCUCUUAAAGAAUUGAUCAUAAGUGACUGCCAUAAUCUGAUCUCCAUCUCAGAAGACUUGAAGGCCUUGCAUUCUCUAGUUGAUUUAUGUAUUUUCAGAUGUGAAAAUUUGAGGAGUAUUCCGGAGGAGAGCUUCAGCUGUCUUGUCUGCUUGGAGCAGUUGGGAAUUGGUGGUUUCUCAAAAGAGUUGGAGGAAUUCCCAUAUCUCAAGUCCAUCCACCACCUCAACGCCUCCCUUCAAGGAUUAGAGUUGCAUGGGUGGGAAAAACUAACGUAUCUACCACCUCAAAUUCAACACCUCACUUCUCUAAGGGAAUUGCGCAUACUUGAUUUCAAUCAAGUGGAAGCUUUGCCGGAGUGGUUGGGAAGCUUGUCAUCUCUUCAAACUCUGUGGAUUGUUGGCUGCGCAAAUUUGAAAUAUCUGCCUUCUGCACAAGCCAUGCAACGCCUCUCCAAGUUGCAGUAUCUUCAUAGUUUUGGAUGUCCAGAGCUAAAAGGAAGAUGUGCAAAGGAAACCGGCCUUGAAUGGUUCAAAAUUUCUCACAUUCGAUACAUCAUAAUAGAGUAAGUGCGCAUCCAAUAACAAGGAGAUUGGGCCCUUUUUCUGAGGUAUAUAUUUAAAUUUCUUAUUAAUCCUCAACUUCUCUUCUUCCUUAUAAUAAAUUCCACCACUAAUUUUGCUUCUUUCUUCAAUUCAGACUUCAAAGUAACAAAAAAGUCCAAAUUUAUCAAUCCAAAGGGUUACUUAUGGCUGCUUCAAUUCUCUUAACCUACAAUGCUUGUGAAAAUUCUUUAAAAGGUAAUUUCUUAUAACUCUUAAUCUGUUCCAUAUAAGUAUUCUUUUACUAGCUUGUUUGGUUUAUGGGGAGGGGAUAAAAUUCCCUAUUUGGA